GAAGGCCCGGCGAGGAUCUCGCCCUCUCCUCCGCCCGAUGUCGUCGACAUACCAUCUUCCGAUUACUGCAUCGUCGGAUGAUGCACCGGCGAGAGGAGAGAUCAAGAAGCCGGCGAUCUGCACCGCCGAUGAAAUCCAUUACGUGCCUGUGCCGGGGACCGAGUGGAAGAUCGCGCUCUGGCGGUAUCUUCCGCCUCCUGAGGCGCCAAAGAGGAAUCAUCCUUUGAUGCUGCUCUCGGGAGUGGGGACAAACGCCAUUGGAUUUGAUCUCUCGCCUGGAACUUCUUUUGCUCGUCACAUGUCAAGCCAAGGAUUUGAUACAUGGAUUGUCGAAUUCAGAGGUGCUGGGUUGAGUAUGCGGACAGUUGGUCCCAAGGCAAUUGAUCAGUGUAAUGAUAAGCCUGUAAGUCCUGAUCUAGAUUCGGUUGAUAAGGAGAACUCGAUGAAAAUAUUGUCUGGGCAGCAGGCGGUUAUGAACAGUGCUACAGUCUCAGAUACUGAGGUUAUUGUUAAGAAUGGGAAGAAGGAGUUGACUACUUUGGAAGAGUCACAGUUAGUAAUGAAACUAAGUGCUGCCUUUUUGCGGCUGGGUGAAAGGCUUUCAGGCUAUCUAAAUGAAAGUCAAUUAAGGGCUAUCUCCGCCAAUUUUUUUGAUCAAAUUUCAAAACUUUUGGAAGAUGCUCGGUUAUCUGAACGAUUUGAUGAGAUCAGAACAAAUAUUUCAGGCUUGUUAGAAACAAGGCAAAAUUCUGUUAUUGCUGGCCAAAUAAGAGAACUGAGUCAGCGGCUUGUAAGUAUAAUUGAGGAAGGUCAACGAACUGUUUCGCCACAGAUAGUUGACUUGCAAGGGCGCCUUGCUGCUACCAUAGAAGAUUUCCAGAAACAACUUGAUCUCAUUGUUAUAUACGACUGGGACUUUGAUAACUACCUGGAGGAGGAUGUACCUGCUGCGAUGGACUACAUAAAACAUCAAAGCAAGGCACCGGAUGGAAAGUUACUUGCAAUUGGGCAUUCCAUGGGGGGGAUCUUAUUGUAUGCAAUGCUUUCAAAAUGCAAUUUUGAAGGAAAUAAAUCUGGGUUAGCAGCAGUGGUUACCCUAGCAUCCUCUGUUGAUUAUACGUCAUCCAGAUCUUCAAUGAAGUUAUUACUGCCUCUUGCUGACCCGGCGCAGGCUCUAAAUGUUCCCGUUGUCCCAUUAGGAGCUUUAUUGGCAGCUGCUUAUCCUCUUGCAUCUCGCCCUCCAUACGUUCUAUCGUGGCUUAAUCCGCAGAUUUCAGCACAGGACAUGAUGCAUCCUGAGUUGUUCGAGAAACUUGUCUUGAACAAUUUCUGCACUAUCCCGGCUAAGGUUAUCCUCCAACUAACAACUGCAUUUCGAGAGGGAGGGUUGCGAAAUAGGACUAACAAUUUAUGUUAUAAGGACCAUCUGCAUAAAUGUGAUGUCCCUGUCCUAGCUCUGGCUGCAGAUGAGGACUUAAUUUGCCCCCCUGAAGCUGUGUAUGAGACUGUGAAACUCUUUCCAGACCAUAUAUUUGAAUACAAGGUCUUUGGGAAACCUGAUGGACCGCAUUAUGCUCACUAUGAUUUGGUUGGAGGACGUAUGGCAGUUGAGGAAGUGUACCCCUGUAUAAUAGAGUUCCUCAGUAACCAUGACAAGCUGAACUGAGACUAUUUCGAUUUGAGAUAUGUGCAUACUUUCGUGAGAAUUUGAUGCUGUUGUAGAUUAUCUGCAGAUCUAGAGGCAGUGAUUAGCAUGGUCCUUGCAUGGCAUAGUGAAAUGUUUGACAGCUGAAGCUUCAAAAUUUUCACAAGUCCUGUGCUAUUGUUCUCAGAUAUGUAAACGUGCAACUAAACUUUUUCCAAGCUAAUCCGGUGCGGUACAUAUCUGUUAUUCUGGGAUACUGUAUCAAAGCUAUCCGGUGACUCUGUAACAAUGUGUGAGAGGAAGGAACUCUUGCACUUUGGAUCUUUGUUGGAUCUUAUUACGUGUACCCCUGGCUCUCGUAUUAAGUACUGGGUACUUUCUUAUAUGUACCCGAAAUCAUUUAAACCCACCAAUUUGUUUAUCUUUGUACUCGUGUUUACAGAAAGUAUUUGUGCGGCAUAUAUCAGUGCUUGAAUCAAGGUCAGUUAAAUUGCUGCUUCAAUU